GAUUGUCCAUUGCCCUAGAGAGAGAAAGGAGAAAAAAUUUUAAAGUAGAAUUGGUUGAGAUUGCAAUCGGUUCGAAUCUGUUUUCGAUCUCAGUGAUCGGUGGGUUGAACUAUGGCUUUGAUUGAUGUUACCAAGUGUUGCCUCGAUUCAAUUACCCAAGGGUUCAAUCGCAAAUUUUCCCCUUUCGAAGAGGGAGAAGCCAUUUUAUCAUCUCUGUGAAGAGAUCCAAAAACCCAUCUCCAGGAUUUCCCAACUAGCAGAUGCAUUUCAUCUCCAGGGUUCCUUCAAAGAUUGGAUAUUUCUGACCAACUACUCUACUGGGACUGCUGCAUUUUUGAUAAUUUAGUAUAUACUCUUAUAUAUAUAUAUAUAUUAUUUUUGUUUGAAGGGGGCUCAGCUGCAUUGAAACUUCAAAAAAUUACAGUUUGCAAUAUUGUUCUCUUUUCUGUUUUUGCAUGAUAUUUACUUUUUUCUAGAUCAAACUUUAAACGUGUCAUGGAAUCUAAUCAUUGUUCUGCCAUGUUCAAUAUAUGCUGAUAUUUUCUUUGGUAGUGCCUAUCCGUAUAUUGUUUGUAUCAGCAUUCUAUUUGGGUGUUUCCAUCUGUAUACUGGCUGAUGGAUGUGCUUGUAAAAUGCAUAUGGAUACUAUUUGUGAAGAAACUGGAAAUGAUUCAAAUUGCCUCUCUCUCUUUUGAAUGUUUUGUUUAGAUAUCAGAGCACAUUGAAGAUGCUACUCUGUACCUAGAUGCUGGAUGCAGUGAGAGUUUCCAGUUUAUGGGAGCAUUCCCUAUGUUGCUGGACCUUGGAGUUCGUGCUGUGUGCAGCUUGGAAAACAUGUGUUCUCUUGAUUUGGCUGUUGAUUGGAAUGCAAAUUCAGAUUCUGCAAGGAAAAUUGCUAUUAUGACAUCUCGUCUGCUAAGUGAUGCACAUCGUUAUGUGUUACGUUGUUUGAGCAUGCAUCAAGUGGUUCACCGUUGUACAAUAUUUACUUCCAUCUCAGAGGCAGCACAUUCAGUGUAUCCUGAUUCACCCCUUGGACCCGAUGCUUUCCGUGAAUAUGAAUCAUUGCUUCUCCUAGACUACAAAGAGCUUACUAAGAAAUGUCAGGCAAAGUCUGGACAGCCAACAGAUAGCAACAUCCACGGAAAUUUGACAUUGAACAAUGAAGGAUGGUCCCAAAUUGUGUCCAGUGAAGAGGAUGUCUCUAUUUCAGCUCAAAAAGGGCUACAUGAAGAUAGUCUAGAAGGGAAAAUGGAAGAUGUAGGGGCAAAAUUGGUUGUUUCUGUGCAUCACUUCCCCAUGAUUUUAUGUCCUUUUUCACCUAGAAUAUUUGUCUUGCCUUCAGAGGGAUCAGUUUCCGAAGCAUGCUUAUCGGCUGAAUGUGAGGAUUCCCUGAGCCCUGGAUUUCCCCCUCUGAGUACUGGGCUGCCAUCUGAUGCUGACGAGGUUCCUCCUGGGGCAACUCUUACAGCACAUUUUCUUUACCAUUUAGCUGUUAAGAUGGACUUGAAGAUGGAAAUAUUUUCACUUGGAGAUCUGUCAAAAACUGUUGGAAAGAUUUUGACCGAUAUGUCAAGUCUUUAUGAUGUAGGGCGACGUAAACGGUCAGCAGGGUUAUUACUUAUUGAUCGCUCGCUUGAUCUUCUUACUCCAUGUUGUCAUGGGGACUCACUUGUGGAUCGUAUAUUUUCCUCCUUGCCCCGUAGGGAAAGAACAUCUUCUUACACAAAUGCUAGAGGCUCCCAAACCCAACUUAAUCCUUCUAGUCUUCAGCGAGCUCCUCUUGAUGUUCAGAUACCGCUUGGAAAAAUUUUAAGCACAGAGGAUUCAAAAAUUUAUGAUUCUCAUAUUUCAGAAAGUAUUGCAGCUUUUAUGCGUGGAUGGGAUUGUUAUAAUUCUGUUCCUCAGAUUGUUGAUUUGACAAAUAUCAACAAAAAUGUUAAUGAUGGAAAGUCCCUUCCAACCGAAGUUCAGCUGCUUAAUGGGUCUUUUGUCUCCACUGAAAGCUUCCGUGGAACACCAUAUCUGGAAGCUAUACUGGAUAGAAGGACAAAGGAUGGGGCUAUACUGGUGAAGAAGUGGCUUCAGGAAGCUUUACGUCAGGAAAAUGUAACUACUAAUGUGAGAACUCGUCCUGGUUUUCCUGGAAAAUCAGAGUUACUAUCCAUGAUAAGAGCUCUGGCCAAAUGCCAGGCAUCUUUAGUCAGAAACAGAGGAAUUAUUCAGAUGGCAACUGCUGCGCUAGUUGCCCUUGAUGAAUCACAUAGUGAUAGAUGGGAUGCAUUUAUCAGUGCAGAAAAAAUACUGAGUGUCAGUGCUGGAGACACAAGUCAAAGUCUUGCUGCUCAAAUUGGUGAUAUUAUCAAUAAGAGUGCUUUUGUGGGUUAUAAUAGAAAGAGUGAAAAAAUGGAUCCUUCUCAAGGGCCCCUUUCUUUUCAAGAUGCUUUUCUCCUUAUGAUUAUUGGUUAUAUAUUAGCUGGUGACAAUUUCCCAACAGCCGGAUCUGGUGGUCCUUUCUCUUGGCAAGAGGAGCACUUUCUGAAAGAAUCUAUAGUUGAUGCGAUUCUUGAAAACCUGCCUACAGCUAAGUUGAAAUUUCUUCAUGGUCUAACAGAAGAGCUUGAGGCCAAUAUGAACAGGAACAAACCAGAUGAAAGCAAAGAAUUAUCUUCAGAGCAAUUACAAAUUGAUGAUUUUGAUGAUGAUCAGUGGGGUAAAUGGGGCGACGAGGAUGAAGAUGGUAAUAACAAAGAGCAAGCAUACGAUGACAUGCAGCUUAAGUUGGAGUUGCAUGAUAGGGUUGAUAACCUUUUCAAAACCCUUCACAAGUUAUCUAAUUUAAGGAGUAGAAGUGUGCCUUUAAAAGAAGGGGGGUUGUUCUUGGAAAGCAAUUUUAGUGGGGAUCCUUACACAAACAAGGGAUUGCUUUAUAAGCUUCUAACAAGGGUGUUAUACAAGCAUGAUGUACCUGGCUUAGAGUAUCAUUCCUCUACUGUUGGUCGACUUUUUAAAAGUGGAUUUGGAAGAUUUGGUCUUGGACAGGCCAAACCAUGUAUUGCUGACCAAAAUGUGAUUCUGGUUUUUGUUAUUGGAGGCAUCAAUGGUGUUGAGGUACGGGAAGUACAAGAGGCAUUAUCAGAAAGUGGAAGACCUGAUAUAGAAUUGAUUCUUGGAGGAACUACUCUUCUCACCCCUGAUGACAUGCUUGAUUUGCUGCUGGGGCAGUACAGUUACAGUUGACUCUGUAUCUUUUCUGUAUAAACCCUCCCUCCUCACAGUCCGCAAAUAAUAAGAGUAUCCAACAUGGUACGCAAUGAAUCUCUAGUUUUUUGAUACAUUGGAGGAUUAGUUAUUUGGUAUGGCAGGGGUUUGAACCCCCGACUUUAACCCUAAAUUAAGGUUUUUUAGUUGAGGAUAUCAACUCUGCUAAGCCCUUCAAUAUUGAUUAAUUACCAUAUCAUAUUGUCUCAAGUAUUUAUGACUUAGUAUAGGGAUGGCAACACGUUGUAUGCAUGGGGAAGGAAGCUAUUGCAUCACCUCAUGAAAAAGGAGGAACAUCAAUAUUGUAUAUGAUGGAAAAUAGAAGUAUUGCAGCUAUAGUCUCAAGCUCCUUGAUGGAUUGCAUGGACAAACAAUAACAUUGGGCAAAGGUUUUAUGAUACCAAAAUUCUUCUUUGCUUUUUAGAUUUUUUUAAGGCAAAACUAUUUGUUAAGCCCCUAAACUAAUCCUAGUCAUUAUUGAGCUCUAUGCACAUAAGCCUUUGAAUUUCAUGAUUUAAGCAAUUUAACCCUUAUUCUUAUAGCAAUUUAGCCCUUAUUUUUAUGGUAGUUAAAGAAUUAAGGGUUAAGUUCAAAGUUGUCAAUAAUAUAUCGACAUACGUACC